UGCCAGCUUCAAGACCUGGUUUCUUCCUGCUUGGGGGAAUCCUUUGUUCUGAGGUGUUAGCUGCCCCUGAUUGAUUCAUGCCUAUAAUUCCUCUGUUUUCAGAGUGUUCUUACUGAUUUUUGGGCAUUGAAUGUUACCAUUGUUUUUUUUUUCCUGUAAGUUGCCCUGAGUCCCUUUGGGAGAUAGGGCAGGUUAAAAAUAUUAUUAUUAUUAUUAUUAUUAUUAUUAUUAUUAUUAUUAAUAUUACUAGCUUGGAUACCCGGCAGUGCCUAGGUUAUUUGAAAAAGGUAUUGUUUGUUCUGAGGUGUUAGGUAAUAUCAUUUAGUUAAUUAGUAGCACAAUUUAUUAGAAAAAAGCCAGUCUUUGAUUUUGUUUUUUUAAUGAAUGCUCCCAUUAGAAAAUACAUAAUGAUGUGGGUGAGCUACAGUUCCCAGAAUUGUGGGUCAGUCCUCCCCAAACCAGGCCUGUAUGCACAGCUGGCCAUGUUGGGUCUGUGUGCCAAGUUUGGUCCAGAUCCGUUGCCAGCUGGGUUCAGUGCUUUCUAGAUGCAGUGAACGACAACUCCCAGAUUCUCAGGGCAAUCACCCCCAAACCCUGCCUGUAUGCCCAGUUUUCCAUGUUGGGUCUGUGUGCCAGGUUUGGUCCAGAUCUGUCACCAGCUGGAUUCAGUGCUCUCUGGAUAAGGAUGAACUACAGCUCCCAGAUCCAAGGACAAUCACCCUCAAACCCCACUUGUAUUAACAGUUGGCCAUGUUGGCUCUGUGUGCGAAGUUUGAUCCAGCUCCUCAGCGCUGUGCAGUUUGUGGAGGUGGGAGUACACACAUAAACACAUACAGAUUUUCACAUACAUAUAAUAGUGUAUAGAAGAUAGUUUGAUAGAUUAGAAUCAUGAGAAUGGUAGGACUAAAGACGUGCAGUUUCAAAUUAGAAAAUUUUAUAGAACAGGAUUGGGCAAAUUUGGGCCCUCCAGGUGUUUUGGACUUCAACUCCCACAAUUCCUAACAGCUGAUAGGCUGUUAGGAAUUGUGGGAGUUGAAGUCCAAAACACCUGGAGGGACGAAGUUUGUCCAUGCUUGUUAUAGACUGUAAACAGUAAUUUUUUAAAAUGUCUUUUCCUCCCUGUUUUUGGAAUGUUAAUCUAAGGAGUUUUGUUAGAUUAAAUUAAUCUUUCCUGCUGUCCUUGGCACACAGUUUUGUUACAAAGGAUUCUAAAUGGAUUCUAAUGUAUCAUGAUGGGAUUUACUUUCUUUGCAGCUUUAUUCUGAAAUGUCUCUGUAGAACAAGAGCUUGCACCUUCAAAUGGAUAUCCUUCCAUUAUGGAUAAUUUAUUUGCUGUGCAUAGUACAAUACACACGUAAGUUGAGCUCCACUUCUCCCUGAAACUAGUUGAUGCACAGAACAAAUGUCCAGAGGUUAUGCAACAACUUUUGAAAGAUGGCUUUCAUAGAGAUGUCUUGAUUAAGGUAAACCUUGGUAUAUUUGAUGAAGGAAUAAGAAGCUGCACAGUUGCAACUAAAGUACAUCUUCCCAAAGGAUUAUAUGUGGAUCCCUAUGAACUGAUAUCUUUGCAAAAGUACAAUCUCACUGAGGCUUUAGUAAUUUCAGAUAAUAUAGAUUUGGAAGUUCCUGAAUACUUGGCUACAGAUAUUUCUGUUCUUGUUUACAUGAAACCUGAUCCUGAAUGCCAAUCCUGCUUUAAAGCAUUAUUACCAUUGCAUUGUCGAUAUCACCGGCCAACAAAGGAUGAUGGAAGAAUCUUUAUUGUACUGAAGAGUCCAGAAAUAUUGAUCAAUUGCCAGAAAUCUUUUCUCUCAGUGGAUUGCUUGAAAGAAACUGAAAUAGAAGUCCCCUGUACCCAGAAGAGUAUUAAUAUGUGCUACUGGGAUAGUUUGAAGCUCAAAACUGUUAAGAAGUUGAAACUGCAGAUACCAGUUGGAUUCAAUCAUCACCUUCCACUGGUAUGCACCGGGACUCUUAUCACUACAAUAUUAUGUUCCAGUCUUAUCCUUUCAUCUUUAUGCAAACAUGGACAUUUCUUCUUUGUUCAAGGCUCACUGUGAAACCAAACAAGAUUUUAUUGCUGACUCAUCAUAGGAAAAAAAGGGUUGUCUAAAUACAACUGAAAGACAAAGGAUGAGAAAAGUAUGGGUUUAUAAUUGGACUAGCGUCACAGAUUGGUUGCAGGUCAAGUACAUUUUGGUGUCACAUGUGCUUUACUGUAUAUCAUCUGAUGUAUUUUUCCUCGAGCAUUUUUGCAAUCCUUCCCAAUAGGCUUUUGAAUGUCAGUUUAAUGUAAAAUUGUUGAAUAUGUCAAUUCAAUAGGGGAAAUCAACUACACCAUUGAAACUGAAUUCUAAGUGGCAGUAGCACUGUAUUCAAUUUUAGUUUGGAAACAGUAAACUGUAUGAAUGUGAUGGUCACAGGGGAUAAUGCAGCAGGUGGAAUUAUUCUAAGCACUGACAAAACACUGGAUGUAAAUCAUUAGCCAUGAAAAUACAAGGAAAUGCAGAAAGGAAAUUGCUUCAUUAAUGGAAAAAAUGAGCACUUCCAAGCUUUCUCAGUUUUUCUAUUCCUAGCAGGCUUUACAUAUCACCAGGGGGCAUUAAACAGCUGCAAUUAUGUAAAUAAGUUUUGAAAGAAAAGAUCCAAGAUUUUGUAUUGAAUAUCUGAUCAUUUUUAUAUAGUAUCAGAAAUGAAAAACUACGUUCCCCCUAUUUUUUAUAAAAAUAAAAAAUUGGGCCAACUCCAGUAUGUUUAUAGAAAUAAAAAUAUCCAAUAAAUCUGGCCUGAAAUAGUCUUUCUUACCUAUACUUAUCUUUUCUUACUUGUGCUGGUAUUAUUGCUUGUGUAUUUUGUUGUAACCUGUCUUUUGAAUUAUCCAGCAUUAUUUUUGGGUCUCUACCAAAGCUUGUUUUAUGGCAUCUUUCACUGAUGUAUUAAUUUAAUAUACUGGUCAUUUGUUCUCCCUGUAAAAAAUAUGAAGCGAUGAGAGCUUUUGAAAAUAUUUCAGCUACCACCUCAGGCUUAGCAAAAAGGGCGAAAUGGAAAGAUAUUGAAUUUUUCCAAAUGCAGAAUUUUGUUAGAAUAAUGUGUAGUACAUAAUGAAAGGUCAGCAAGGAGCCUCUCUUGCUCAUCUUAAUUGCUUUUGGAUUAAUGUUGAUCUGAAAGAGUUUUAUUUUACAUCUACUUAUCUCUGUAUUAGAAGCUGAUCUGUUCUUGUAAUUAUGUUGUCAUGUUUACAUUUUUCUUUUCCAGUAAAAUCAUAUUAAAGACAUUAUAUACCUAUCAAUUUUGAAAUAAACUUUAAUUAUUUUUACAUUAACACAUUCAGCUGCUGCUCCUCAUAUAAAAUAAAUUUCUUCUAGAAGUUUAGGUUCAAACAGUCACUCAGUUGUGGAGGUCACUGGAUGGUUUUUGGCCAGUGACCGCUUCUGUGACUUCACAGGGUUGUUUAUUUUAUUAUUUUUAUUUAUACCAUACCUUUCUCUCCGUGGGGACUCAAGGCAGUUGUGAGAACAAAAUGUAAAUGGCAGGGAAACAUGUGCACUGCUAUGACUUCUUUGGAAUAAAGAUGGAGAUAAGCAUAAUAAAUGUGUUGACUAUACAAAAUAAUGAUGUUUAUAAAAGAACAAUUGUAACUUGUCAAAACAUUAAAAAUAAAUGGAUUUUCUCGA